AUGCCAGCCAACCUUGGUGGAAAUGGACCACCACCUGGGUAUGGAUAUGGACCACCACCUGGGUAUGGCUAUGGACAACAACCUGGGUAUGGUGGAUAUGGCUAUGGCCCACAACCUGGGUAUGGUGGACCACCCAUGCAUGGGGCACCCGGACACCCACAAUAUGGACAUGGAUCCUAUGGUCCACAACCUGGGUAUGGUGGACCACCCAUGCAUGGUCCUAUUCCUAUGUAUGGUGCACCCGGGUACCCACAAUCUGAAGGUGUAUCUUACUCAGGCUAUUGGAACUUCUUUGGGUCUCAACCAAAACAACGAAGCUUGUCAAGUUACCCAACCCAUAGGGGAGAACCUGUACCAGAGGGAUAUAAGGUUGUGUGUUAUUAUGAAGAUGAGGAAGACUAG